UUAAAAUAAGCCUGUGACCGUUUCAUGACAACAACACCUGUCAAGUAAAUGGGACCCACAAAAAAAAAAAAAAAAAAAAAUAUGGCUUAAUCUAAUGUUCUUUUCUAGAGUGGCGUUGAGGGUGAGACCCUUAAAAAAGAACGAAUCAGACAUUUUCUUGAUUCGAGAUGAGAACAAUGUGGUUGUAGAAAACGAGACUUUUCAUGUCGACCGUGUUUAUCAACCUCAGUCAACACAAGAAGAUAUAUUCAAGUUCACUUUACUUCCUCUCAUGGACGCUUUUGAAAGAGGUGAAAAUGUGACAUUAAUUGCAUAUGGACAAACAGGUUCUGGGAAAACGUACAGUCUAGGAACAGGUUUUGAGUCAAAUUUGGAUGGAGGUUUAAUUUAUCGAUGUGCUCAUUGGUUAUUUUCAAGCAUGAUUGAGAAAAGCAGCAAAUCUUUAGGAAGGCAAUCAUUUGAGAUUCAUAUUGCAUUUCAAAAAGACAUUCAAAAUAUGACGCACAUAAAAGAUGAACAUAGAAUUGAUUCGGUUGGGCAACUCCAAAAUUUCUUGCAAGAAAAUAGCUCUGAAUCAAAAUCCAGUGUAUUCUCAAUCACUCUUCACCAACACAUAUCGGAUGGAGAUAUCAUUCAAUCAGUCGAAAAUGAUAUACCGGAUAAACACAUUAUUUCCACCCUCCAAUUCAUUCAUCUCGCCUCUGAAUUCAAUUGCCCCAAUUCUCUUUCUAUAGCUAAACGACGUCAUGUGUCUUCCUUUUCGGUGGAAAAAAGUCACAUUCUGUUACUAGCAUGUGUAAGUCCUUCCAUCUCGGAUACCACUGAAACUCUAAAAGUACUGCACUCUAUACGUUCCUUACGCAAUUCGGAUGACUUACAACUCCAACUCGACCAUUCUCAUGCUGAAAUAGAAAUCCUAAAACAACAAUUAGCUGAUGCUCGUCACUAUCACGGUCCUCCCUCAUCUUCCUCUUCUUCACGAAGACUCAAUAACAAGAAACGACCCGUCAUGCAUCGCAUGAAAUCUUCUUCGGCUAAUCUACCUAGCAAAAAGAAAAAUAUUGAUGGUUUAUUAGAGUUAUUACGAAAAGAAUACUUGUAUACCACCGAUGAAAAGUCACUCGAUGAAUCACUAAAAGAGAACCAUAAUGAUAUACUGGAUGAAAAUGAAUUAGAAGCCUUGUCUGUACCGUCUUGGUCUGAUGCUCCACCUCCUCCCAAAUCAGCCACCUCCUCCAAACGAAAAUCCAUCUCAUUGGACUCCAUGUGGGACGACACCGAUAGUUCCAUGACAACCACCACACACAAAACAACCUCUCUCCUUGUCACUUCCUCCAAAUCCAAAGACAUGUCUACAAAACGUCAAAGCAAAAACAUUGUCAAGAUGUUACACCAAAUUCAAGCAGAUUUACUGGUAAAACGGGAAUUAGUGGGUCAACUCGAUAAAGCCCAGGCCCAAUUCAUUCAAAUGAAGUCCAAUUACGAAACUCGAUUGAACGAACUAAAAGACCAUCUUUUGGACAUGCAAGCUCAACGCGACGCUGCACUCCGGAAAUCAUCUUCCUCCAUUGUACCCAUCGCAGGUAAAACUACCGCUGUACACCACCUGCGGGAAAACAGACAGGCCUCCGAAGUACGAUCCCAAUACGAAGUCAAGCUCAAAUUAUUAGUAGCAGAGAAUUUGGAAUUACGGAAAAAGCAACGUCAAUCCACCACGCAGGGUCAAACAUCACAGGCAAAAGCAGAGGGUAUCAUUGGUCGUCUGCGCGCAGAUAUAGAAGCCCUCAAACUCGAUAAAAAACAACUCCACAGAAACCUCAAAUCAGAACUCGAGAAAUCUCGUGAAUUACAAUCCACUCAACAAAAACAAGUCCAAACUUUCAAAAGAAGAGAACUCAUGGCUUCCGAUGCCAAACUUAAACUGGAACAGGCUCAUGAAGCUCAGUCCCAGGUGCUAAAGAAACGGACAGAAGAACUGGCUGCACUGAACCUGCAGAUAAGACACCUGACAAAUCUAUUAAGAAGGGCUGCAAAUGAAGGCACCUUCUUAAAUGAACCCACUUUAGAAAAAAUCUUGCAUGAUUCUUCUUCCGCUUCGGCUACUACUGCAAAUUCUCCAAAGAACAUGAAGAGGCCAACCAGUAGACUCUUUACUCCCAAUGGAAACUCAUCUACCACUUCAAGUCCAAUAGACUAAAUCACCCUAUCUCACCUUACCCUUUUGUUAUAUCUCUCGUCAAUA